CUCCACAAACACACACCACACACUGAACCACAAGAACCCACCAGCUUCCACUCCUCGUAUUAAAGCCAACUUCCCCACCAUCUCUAUUCUUGAUUUCUAACAACAUUUUAAAGCUCAGAAGCCAGUUGAGCUUCAGAUCACAUAUCCUUAAAACAAUGGCCGCUGUCACCUCUGCUGCUGUCUCCAUCCCAUCAUUCACUGGCCUCAAGGCUGGUGCAUCAGCCUCCAACAAGCCCACCACCGUCCGGGUUGCAGCUGCGGCUCCCAAGCUCGCAGUGAAGGCCUCCUUGAAGGACUUCGGCGUGGCGGUUGCUGCCACCGCCGCCAGUGCAAUCCUGGCUAGCAAUGCAUUGGCCAUCGAGAUCACCCUUGGUGGUGAUGAUGGCUCCUUGGCUUUCAUCCCCCAGAACUUUGAAGUGGCCGCCGGGGAGAAAAUUGUGUUCACAAACAAUGCUGGAUUCCCCCACAACAUCGUGUUCGACGAGGAUGAAGUUCCAUCGGGUGUCGAUGUGGCCAAGAUUUCGAUGGCUGAGGAGGAUCUUCUCAAUGCAAAGGGGGAGACUUACGCUGUGACUUUGACGGAGAAAGGGACUUACAGCUUCUACUGCGCUCCUCACCAAGGAGCUGGCAUGGUUGGAAAGGUGACUGUGAAAUAGAGUGUCAAUCAAAGGUUCUGUCUGUAUCUGAAUGCUGAUCAUCUCAUUUUUGUAUUCCAUUAUCGAGUUAAGUAAACAGAUAAGUGAAAUUGCUCUAUUUAUGAGAUGAUGUAUGUGUAUUCAACAGUGUUCUUGAAUCAGAGUUUGUAGAUCUCUUCUGAAU